CUACGGGAUCUCGCGAAUCUCUUGUGUUCAUAAAAACUCUCUUUGUGCCAACGUAACGGAAGUCAUAACGAUUCGUCAUUCUUGUUGCUCUAAAAACUCUAAUACAAUGAAAAUUGCAUAGCUGGUAGUUGAAUGUAUUCUAUAACAUACUUGAUCUAAUAAUUGAAAUAUAUUUAUGGAGCGACUGACUCUGACUGUAACCACUUCAUCGUUACGUAACGAGAAUUCGAUAGUCAUGAUAUGUCACUGUCUCAACGAACUUCCGUUGUAAUCAACGAGGACCGUAGGUUCCUAGGAACAAGUUGGUGGAAAAGUUCCUCCCAUAGACUAGAGAGGUUGAAAAUAUUUGCAAAACUAGUAAUUUUCUGCUACAUCCAUCGUAUUAGUUCAAUUUUGUGAAGCUGUGUUCGAAACGUCGCAUUUUAUGUUUAGCAAGGAGCAAGGGGCCGCAUCUGUUUAUAAGAAAUGAAAAUGGAGUGGACACCGCAAGAAGAUGGUCUAAGAGAAAUUUUAACAUUAUUAAGGGAAUCGCAGUCUCCAGAUACAGCUACUCAGAGGGCCGUUCAGCAAAAAUUAGAAGAGCUGAAUAAGUAUCCAGACUUCAACAAUUACUUGAUGUUUGUUUUGACAAAACUAACUACUGAAGAUGAACCAACAAGAUCUCUAAGUGGUUUGAUCCUGAAGAAUAAUGUGAGGACACAUUACAAUAGCUUAUUACCUAAUGUUACCAAUUUUAUAAAGACUGAAUGCUUACAAGCUGUUGGAGACCCUUCACCACUAAUACGAGCGACUGUAGGGAUUUUAAUAACAACUGUAGCUAGUAAGGGUGACCUUUCAUCAUGGCCUGAGUUGCUACCUGCUCUGUGUAACAUGCUGGAUUCCACAGAUUAUAAUAUUUGUGAGGGUGCUUUUGGAGCCUUACAAAAGAUUUGUGAAGAUUCUGCUGAAGCUUUGGAUGCAGAUACUACCAAUAGACCAUUGAAUAUCCUUAUCCCCAAAUUUUUACAAUUCUUCAACCAUUCAAGUCCGAAAAUUAGAUCCUAUGCAAUAGGUUGUGUCAAUCAGUUUAUUAUACAGCGUUCUGAAGCAUUAAUGUAUCACAUUGACUCGUUCAUACAGAAACUUUUUUCUGUGGCAACUGAUGAAGAUUCUGAAGUUCGAAAGCAUGUAUGUAGAGCACUAGUUAUGCUUUUGGAGGUACGAAUGGAUCGCUUAAUACCUCAUAUAGAUAAUAUCAUAGAAUACAUGCUAGUAAGAACUCAAGAUCCUGAUGAAUCAGUUGCAUUGGAGGCCUGUGAAUUUUGGUUAUCAUUAGCUGAACAGCCAAUUUGCAGAAAUGUACUUACCAACCACUUAGCUCGACUGAUUCCUGUGUUGGUCAGAGGCAUGAAAUAUUCAGAAAUCGACAUUAUUUUAUUGAAAGGUGAUGUAGAAGAAGAUGACAAUGUGCCUGACAAAGAAGAAGACAUCAGGCCGCGUUUUCACAAAGCCAAAACUCACAAUCUGAGAGCAUGCAUCAAUGGGGAGAAUGGCGACAAAGAAGAUGAUGAUGAUUAUAAUGAUGGGGAUGAUGAUGGCUCACUUUCCGAUUGGAAUUUGAGAAAAUGUAGUGCUGCUGCCGUGGAUGUACUUGCUAAUGUUUUCAGAGAUGAUUUGCUGGAAAUCCUUAUACCCAUCCUUAAGGAGACUUUGUUCCAUCAAGAAUGGGAUGUUAAAGAAUCUGGGAUCUUAGCCUUAGGUGCUAUUGCAGAAGGUUGUAUGACUGGUAUGAUUAGCCAUUUACCAGAAUUAAUUCCUUACCUAAUUAAUUGUUUAAAUGAUAAGAAAGCCUUGGUUAGAGCAAUAACUUGUUGGACAUUGAGUAGGUACUCUCAUUGGGUAGUUUCCCAACCUCACGACUCCUACUUAAAACCGUUGAUGACAGAACUAUUGAAGAGGAUACUAGACGGAAAUAAGAGAGUCCAGGAAGCAGCAUGCUCAGCUUUUGCAACAUUAGAAGAAGAGGCCUGUACAGAGCUGGUGCCAUAUUUAGGAUUCAUUUUGGAAACAUUAGUAUUCGCCUUUUCCAAAUACCAACACAAAAACUUGCUCAUUUUGUAUGAUGCUAUAGGAACUUUAGCUGAUUCAGUUGGUAGUCACUUGAAUAAACCAGAUUUCAUCAACUUACUUAUGCCGCCGUUGAUACACAAAUGGAAUGUACUGAAGGACGAGGACAAAGAUUUGUUCCCUCUGCUAGAGUGUCUUUCAAGUGUCGCCACUGCCUUACAAUCUGGAUUCCUGCCUUACUGUGAACCUGUAUAUUGCAGAUGUGUGUCUUUGAUACAUCAUACUCUUUGCCUGCAAAUGGCUAAUUCGCAAAAUCCCGACCAGUUUGAGGCACCCGAUAAAGAUUUCAUGAUUGUUGCAUUAGACCUACUAUCAGGUUUAGCAGAAGGCCUGGACGGUCAUAUAGAAAAGCUAGUAGAAAAUAGCACUAUAAUGCAAUUGUUACAUUUGUGUAUGCAAGAUUCGAUGCCUGAAGUUAGACAAUCAUCAUUUGCUUUGUUAGGCGAUUUGACGAAAGCUUGCUUUCAACACGUUCAGCCGCAUAUAGCAAAUUUCUUACCUAUUUUGGGACAGAAUCUGAAUCCGGAAUAUAUUUCUGUUUGUAAUAAUGCCACUUGGGCGAUAGGAGAAAUUGCCAUAAAAUUAGGAGAGGACACAAGACCUUAUAUUUCAUUAUUUUUAAAUCAUCUGAUAGAUAUUAUAAAUCGACCGAAUACACCAAAAACUCUUUUAGAAAAUACAGCCAUAACAAUUGGUCGCCUAGGUUAUGUCUGCCCACAUGAUGUCGCGCCCAUGUUACAUCAGUUUGUACGACAGUGGUGCAUAUCAUUACGAAACAUCAGGGAUAAUGAAGAGAAAGACAGUGCAUUUCGUGGAAUGUGUCAAAUGAUUCAAGUGAACCCUGCUGGUGUAGUAUCAGAUUUUAUAUUCUUUUGUGAUGCUGUAGCUUCCUGGAUAACGCCUAAAGCUGAUCUUAAGGAAGUAUUCGCAAAGAUCUUGCACAGUUUCAAAGCACAAGUAGGAGAAGAAAAUUGGAGGCGUUUUAGUGAUCAAUUUCCACCACAGCUCGACGAAAGGUUAUCACAGCUAUAUGGAGUAUGAGUGCAGAUAUCACUUUCAUUAAUAGAUACAUCCACAAAUAAUAUUCUGGGUAUUAAGAAAAAGAUGUGGGGAAACCGCUUUACAGCGCUCAGACAUGAAAUGAGAUAUAGUAGGAUCUAAAGAACAUACACUAAGCAUACUGUGUAUUACUUCAAUCUGUAAUCAACACAUUUGAAUUAUAUUGUGUCCAUCAGUUGAAUAAGGAGUGAAUUGAGUUAACUGAAAGUUUGUUUAGAAUUUCUGGUAAAAUGUGUUGUAUAAUAUUUAAUACCAUUGUUAAUUUGUUUUUACUUGUUUGUAUGUGAUAUCACAAAAGGUAUUCACCUACCCUGUAAUGAUUUUUGAAAAGGGCCAUUUGAACUACAAAUACUCAUCUAAAACAGGUAGGUUUGUUUUAUACUUCCCAUUGCAAAAUGUUAUAACUUAAUUUAUACUUAUUCAGAGUAUAACAGAGUGAUAUUAUCUAAUAUCGACCAUCAGUGAAGACUAUGGGAAUUGUAAGAUUAUAAAGAUGUACAAUUUCUUUAUAGACAAAAAAGACAUAGUGUCUAAUCGUUAUUUGAAUAACAAAGUAUAAGAAAUUGGUCAAACCAGGACAUCCGUUUUAUUAUUGAUUCAGGUCCGCUAUGUUGCUUAAAAAGUUAAUCUUACUUUUCUCAUAUGAAUAAAUUUGGUCUCUGCUUGAAUUUCUAAGAUUUCAACACUGUUAACACUGACUUCAGGCAAAUUCGUCUAGGUUCGGGAUGCUUGAAUACUUUUUGAGAUAUUUUAUGUAAUCCCUCAAAAUUUGCAGAUUAAUUUUCAUUCGUAAUUGAAUGUUUUGAGAUCCGUUGGAUUUAUUUGCGAUAUCAGGAUUCUUUAAUCAUACAUAUACGAGCCCCUUCCCACUUCAUUUGGACCACUUCAAGAUUUGUACCAAAAUAAACUAAACAUGACGAAACUAUUUACUUCUAAAACAAUUUAUUUUCUGAAAAACAUUUUAGACCACUCUAGUCGUAAAAAAUACAUAUUUGAAAUCACUUAGACCUAUAACUAAUAGAACAUCUGAACAAAUAAACAGUGUGCGAAUAAAUGCGCGAAGUUAACAAAGCAACAAUUGAAAGAUUACCAUUGGGUAAAAUCACCUUUAUUUUUUAUUAUGGCUGAAAUUCUUUGGGGUAUAGUGUUAACCAAGUUUUGGCAAAAAUUUGGUGUAAAACAAUCCCAUAUUUCUUGAAGCUUUUGUUUCAGUUCGGUGAUUGUACGAACAGGAUGUUGUCGUAGAACCUUUUUCAUCUCAUGCCACAAAGUUUCAAUAGGUGACAGAUCUGGACUGCUAGAAACCCAUUUUAAAAGUGGUACAUUAUUUUCUUCCAUCCAUUUUAUAGCCUUUUUUGAGGUAUGGCACGCUCAACAUUCUUCCAUCACUGGUAAAAGCGAUUCUUCUAAAAUUGCCAAAUAUUUGUUUGUAUCCACAUUUCCAUCAAUAAAAUGAAGUUUUCCUACUCCUUUUGAUGACAUACUGCCCCAGACCAUAAUGGAUGCUGGAAAUUUCACUUUUCUCUUCAGACAGUCAACAUGGAAUGCUUCAUUUUUUUGCGAAUAACUCUACUGCGACUGUCACCAACACAAACUUCGAAUCGGGCCUCAUCACUCCAUUGUAUUGCACACCAUUGUUGAGGUGUCCAUUGUCUAUGUGCUUUAGCCCAGAUAAGCCGAUUUUUCUUUUGCAGUGGAGUUAAUAGUGGCUUUUCUUUGGCCUAUAAACAAGUUGUGCAAUUUUAGGGUUUUUACUUCACUUUUUUUUAUAAGAAAACUUACCUUGCAAGUGAUAAAUCCCAGUUUGUGGGCCUCUCUAAGAGUUGUGGACCUCGAAAUUCUGCUUGCAACAGCGUCACUCCACAGAGCACUUAAUUGUAAAUAAUUGGCACGCCUGUUUUUCACGAUUAUUCUUCUUAAUGCUCUUCGGUCGGCAUUUGUGAUAUUACUUUUUUUCACAUAUCGUGGCUUAAUAUUGGCUGAACCAGUUACGUUAUGUCUUCUAACAAUAUUCCUCACACUGUACCGCGAUAAGUCUAACAAAGUUGCGAUUUCUGACACCCUGCUACAUUUUUAUUAUUUGUGUUUGAUAAGAAAAAAACUAAGAUUUCAAUAGUUGGGCCCACUGAAGUGGGAAGGGGCUCGUAUAGGGUGGCCUAUCCAUGUGUGGAGGGAAUAUUACUCAUAAACAAAUACAUUUUGGGGAGAUCUAUUUAUGGCAUGCUAUUUUGAAAAUUGGAGUGCUGAAUUUUGUAUAAAAAAAACUUGCACACCUCAGCUUUUAUCUUAUUUGUUACUUUUUCGAAUUUACAUUUUUGCUCAUACAGGGUGGGCAAAAUCGCGAAUUGUACUUUUUCUCAGAAAUGUCAAAUGCAUCAUCCUGUAUAUUUGUUCAAGUUUGGAUUCAAUUUUUUAUAAGCUUUUUUUAAUAUAAAGUUUGAUUCAGAUAAAAUCACUAGAUUUUGAGUUAUUAAGCUUUUAAUAGAACAAUACACCAAAAUUAAGGAAAAAAUCAUCCAUGGAAACAAAAGACAAACAGUGGGCUAGUUCCAUAAGAGUACAAAUUUGACGUAAACACUAAUAACAAUCAGAACAGUAUAAAUCAGCUUCAAGUGUAAUAGACAAAAAACUAUAACAACAUAAAUAAACAACUAUCACUACUCAAGACCUAAUCUACAAAAACUGCUCGAAAAUAUCUCCACCAUGUUGAAUACACACCCGUAGUCUUUGGAUAAAUGACCGUUGCACAUCACUCAGCAUGUGUUCCCUUAUGUUCAGAGAAGCAUCCUUAAUCCUUCCCUUCAUAUUUUCCGUAAUAGUAGUAAUAGUGAUAUUUAUUUGUCUCUAAUAUACACAACCAUUACACAUAGAAUUUUAUAGAGGACAAAUAAAUGAAGCCCGCAGAAGGUUGGCCCUUGUGCGCGGGUAAAGGAAAACAGAAAAUACUUAUAUACUAACGAUGACGUAACACAAUAAAAUCUUUUUUUUAUUCUAAUUAACAAAUGAGUGAUGUAUAUGGAUUUGAGUGAAAUUCCAUAUAUGUAAGUGAAGUAUGGAUUGUACUCAUAGAAUAUGGUGGAUAUCUAUAAACCUCUUACUUAACGUAGCUCCAUAGGUGUUAUAUAUGGUGAUCUAGGAGGUCAAGAUAUAUGCCCAUCACGACCGAUCCCACGAUUGUUACUCCAGGUGAGCAAAUAGUUACGCACACGAUUAUGAUAAUUCGCAGGUGCGCCGUCAUGUUGGAAGUAUAUAUGCAUCCGAGUUUGCAGGUUGACAUCCUCCAAAAGCAAAGGCAAAUGCUCGAUCAAAAAAUUCUGUACCUGUUAAUCUUUUGUCGAAAAAGAAACGCCCGAUAACGUGUCUGCCAAUAACUCCUCCCCAAACAUUCAAGCUAUUUGCCUAACCCAGUAAGGGUUUUCCGUCGCAUAAUAGCAAUAAAGUUGCCUCAUCACUAAAAAGAACCUUAUCCAGGAAAGUAGUGUCUUCACUCACUUUAUCUAGCACUAUUCUACUCAACUCCAUUCGAGCUGCGAGGACGAAGGCCUUGAUGCAAGCAUGAGUGAUAUGGAUGGUACCUAUGCUUGUGAAUAAUCCUUUAGACAGAAGUUCUGCAUAUAUCAGUUUCUGCUCCUAAAUGGGGAUUUUUCUGCAAUUUUAAUAGAACCUCUAACUGAUUCGCCUCAUUGGUGAACUUGGAUUAUUUAUACAUUUUUUACUAUAUUCCACGCUCCGCUUGAUUCAAAACGUUCUCGUAAUGUGGAAAAUAUUUCCGGCCUUGAAUGUCGCAUAUUAGUGUACCGUUGAUUAUAAAUGCGAGAUGCUAGGAAACUAUUUCUUUGGGCUCCGCCCAAAACGGUACACCAUAUUCACCAUUUCUUCUUUAGAAAAAUUCAUUUUCAAACACGUUUUUAUUUUGAUGCUCUCAAAUCUAAUUUUGACAGUUUGUAACUAAUCAACAAUUUAUUUGUUUCCAAGGAUGUUGCGAUAUUUUAGGAAAUUAAGUUGUUCCAUAAAAGACGUGCUAAUAACCAAAAAAAUAGCCGUAAAAACCCUUGUGUCUUGUAUCAAAACAAAGCUUAUAAAAAAUUGAAUCCAAACUUGCACAAAUAUACAGGGUGAUGCUUUUGGAAUUUUUGAGAAAAACUACAAUUAGCGUUUUUGACCACCCUGUAUGAGCAAAAAUUAAAAAUCGAAAAAGUAACAAAUAAGAAAAAAGCUGAUAUGUGUAAGUUUUUUUUGAUACAAAAUUCAGUACUCCAAAUUUCAAAAUGGCGGGCUGAGGGGUUGCCGAAGUGGGGGGUUUUUCUAGAGAAAACACCUUAUAUCUCAAUUAGCUAAUUACGAAAACCCCAUAGUAUGUUAUAUCAAUUUUCUUCUUUUUAAUUGGUUUAUCCAAAUAUGCAAUAAAAUUUGAGGCAUUCCAUUUGAAAAAUCACAACUUUGAUAUGUAGGUCGACAUUGGGACACCCUGUAUAAUGGAAACUGUGUUAGAAAUUUUCACCUCAAAUGAUGUAUAACAUCCCAUAAAUAGAUUUUCCCUAAAUGUAUUUGUUUAUGAGUAAUAUUCCGUCCAUACAUGGAUGAGCCACCCUGUAUAUGUUUUAUCUGAGGUCGUACCCGCUACCUCUGACUUUUUGGAAUCAGCUUUACGUUUUCUUUCGGCUAGAAUCUAGAUGAUUCUCAAGCUAAAGUCUGUGCGUAACUUCGUCCUCAAAUGGGUUGCUCCACCUGAUAUAUUUGUCUUACUCACUUGCCUGGUAGUUAAAGAUGACUGAACUUGAACGUUUAGUUCUCAUUUCAAAAUUGAUUCCAGUCAAACGAAUCGUCUUUUGUUCUUAGCAUUUUCCAAAUCAUGCAAAAUCGAUCUGAACAUCUUGAGGGGUGUUGUUAGAAUUGUCUGUUCAUAAGCUCAUGAAACAUGAUAUCCAGUCAACUAUAUAUAACUUGAGACGUGGUCAUUGUCGUCUAGAUCAGUUAGGUGAAAAAUUAAAGCUUCCGCCUUUUGUUGGGUACUUCGACAAAAUUUAAGCAAGGAGGACUCUUUAUACUUUUUUUAUUCUCUCUAGCUUCCAAUGGUCUUUGCCAUCAUCAUCAGGAGAGUAGUAUGUGAGGAUGUUGCUAAUUGUUGUUUACGUUCAGGAUGAGGGAAACACCCAG